UCGCAGGAAGAGGUUGUGCUCGCUGCUGCUCAGCUCGCACAAAAAGACUGUGAAGUAACUCGUGUUUCUGACAUUUUGUAUUCGUAUGGCGUGUAAACUAAAUUGUACGUACAAUGCACAUGUUUUAGACAUGUUAGCGAAGACUUGAACAUGAGAGAAUAAGGCUUUUUAUGAACUGAAGUUCAAAAAACUCAUACGAAAAGAAGACGCGUUGAGCGGAAAUGCGAUCUUUCCCUCGGUUUUCUUGCAGACAAAUUCAUAUUUCGUGGCGUGACAUCUUCAUGGGAGGACGCCGCCUCUGUCUUCACUAGGAACUGUCGGCUGGCACGCUCUGUUCCCCCAACAUGGAAGCCCAUAAGAUGCCGGUCUUCUAAUUGACAGCAAUUAAAAAGUGUCGACGCCGGUGAAACACAGCAAUGGAUCUUCUAGCUUCCACCAUGUCGGUUGCCGCAACAACGUUGACCCCAGACGUAGAUGUAACCAAGAACAUCGAGGAAUUUUUCGUAACGGAGGAAGCAGGUUCAACUAUGAAUUGUUCUUUGAUAGAUCUUGACGAGUUUGCUGAAUUCGCCCUUAAUGGGACCAAUUGCUCGGAAAAAUUGUUCUCAGGAGGAGCAAAAGAUUUUAUGGGGCCGGUUGUGAGUGUGAUCUCGCAAAUUGUGAUGUUUAUUGUUUUCCUCGUUGGUCUAUGCGGCAAUACUCUCGUUAUUUACGUCGUCACGCGCUUUUCAAAGAUGCAGACAGUCACUAAUCUCUAUAUUCUUAAUCUUGCCAUUGCCGAUGAACUUUUUGUAAUUGGAAUUCCUUUUCUGAUCACCACGACUUACCUCGGCUAUUGGACCUUCGGUGCUGUCAUGUGCAAAAUUUACUUGAUAACUACUGCGCUUAAUCAGUUCACGAGCUCGAUGAUAUUGGCAGUGAUGUGCGCGGAUCGAUACAUCGCAGUUUGCCAUCCGAUAAAUGCCAACAAACUUCGCACGCCAAUCAUCUCAAAGUUUGUGUCCCUAACAACCUGGUCGGUGUCGGCGAUGCUUAUCGCUCCAGUAUUUAAUUAUGGCGGCCUUUUGGAGUACCACGGACAGCUGAACUGCAACUUUUACUGGCCCAAGAACUACGACCGGAUCUGGAUCCUCACCUCCUUUUUUGUGGCUUUUGCCGUUCCAGUAACUUUUUUCUUAAUUUUCUACGUUUUAGUUCUACACAAACUGAAGACUGUCGGCCCCCAUAAGAAAUCUAGAGAAAAAAAGAAAUCACACACGAAGGUAACGAAAAUGGUGCUCACCGUCAUCACAGUGUACGUGAUUUGCUACGUUCCCUACUGGGUAAUGCAGAUGACUCUUUUGGCCUCAGACCCUGGCCAGAGAUUAACAACCUUCAAAGUUGUAUGCUUUUUAUUCGCUAAUGUAUUAAUCUACAUCAACUCUGCCAUCAACCCAAUACUUUACGCAUUCCUCAGUGACAAUUUCAAGAAAAGCUUCAUGAAAGCCUGCACGUGCAUCAACAGACAGGAUAUCAACAACGCCCUGCAUGUCGAAACUUCAGUGUUCCCGCGUCGCACCCGCGGCAGUUCUUCGAUGCCAUCACGGUCGUGCCGAGAGCGUGAGAGCUCCGUUACCACGGCCAUACUUACGAAGGAGAUGUCGGCAGCAAUGACGACUUUGACGGGGUCUCCUGUUGCCGUAACCACUAACAAUGAAGACCAUAACCAGCUUAAUGGGCGAUCAACUUCUCCAGCAUUGAAUCGGUGUUAGGGCGCGGCCAGUGACCUUGAAUUCUGGUGAGGCCGAAGAUCAGCGGCUCCAGAGCGGAGGUCACCACAUGCUUGACAACCCUUCCCGAUAUACUCUGAAGAUCUUCACUUUAUAAGUCACUAAACAUUUAUUAGUCAAGACAUUAUAAAAUAUUGUAAGAUCACUAAACAUUUCAUUUAUUAGUUGUACAAUAAUUGCCUAUACAUUAAUUUAGACCUGACGACACUGGAGAAAUUCAGCAUGAGAUGAAACUCUAACAUUUUAAAUGAUGUCUAGGCGAGUGGGAUGCUCUUACAAACUUGGUAAAAUGACAAUAUGUUGUACUACACAAAAUAUGUGUAGAGAAUAACUUUGACGUUUACUAUAGAAAUUACUGUUUGCUGUUCAGGAAAGGAUUCAACUGCAUCAUGUAGCCCCAUAAAUAAUUUUUUUUUAAUGAAAUUCGUCGUGUUUUUAAAUCGGCAUAGACAAAACAAUUUUAGUAAAAGAAAUGGCUUCCGUCUUAGCAUAUGGUAGCGUCCGCAAUAUAAGAUAUAUAUGGUUUUAUUGUAGGUGCUUUCAAUAACAACAAAUCCUUUUUAACUAAUUUUCAGUUGAAAACAACUGCCAAACUACAUUGAUACAAUAUCGUACCGCUUUAUUUUACAAACUUUUAAGAAUAGAAUGAAGGGUGCGGGCGCUUGUUGUUAACAAUGACGCAUUGUGAGCCUAAAUGCGUUAUUAUAAACUACAGUUGUCGAUACCCAGGGGUAGGUUGAUUUCUGACGCUCUUCUUUUCGAGAUGCAUAUAAAUAUUAAUUCCAUUUUUGUGGUGUAUGCUGGACUGGUCAGUGUAAUGUUUUCUUGUGUCUAUUUUAGAGGAAAAAGAACUUUAUGUACACAUGUCAUAUUGUUGAAAUGUUCAGAGACCAUCAAGAUCACGAGCAUUUUGAAGCAGGAAAUAGCCCCCAAAUACAUACGUUCCAUUUUGUCAGUCAACUUAA